AGUUCCUAUAUAUUCUAACCUUGGUGUUCCUCUCUAUCUGCAUCCUCGUAUUCUCGAAGCUUCACACCCUUCUCUCUCUCUCUCUCUCUCUCAGCAGUUUGUUUUCAAGAAAGGAGGAGAGAUGGGUAUGGUUGUAGUGAUCUCACUGCCAUUGAUUCUCUUCUCAAUACUGCUUGGUUUUGGGUGUUAUUUUCUGGGCAGAGCCAAAGGAAGAAAAGAAGCGUACAACCAUGCUCAAGUUUUUGGGGUACCAACACCACCGCCUGGUAGCACCGGUACUGCUUCACCCCCUCCAACCCAUUUCAAGCCAGACAACUCCACCAUUGUUUAAUCACCCGACACACAAACCCAAAAAAAAAAAA